CUCACCGUGACUACCCUUCCAACGACCAUCCCUUCAAGUCACCAGCGACAGAGAUCUCUCUCAAUCAAGCUGGAUAGACAAAGUCAUUGGAUCAACACCAUGAUGAACCCAACUAAGAAUCGCAAAAGUCUGUUCAUCAAGUGCAGUCUAGGAGCCAUCAGUCUCCUGCUGUUCCUAUGGUUAUUGGUCCCGACCGCCCGACUUCCCUCAAUGCCAUACACCAUCCAAAAAAAUACUGAUUCGGGUACUGGCACAGAUGCUCCAUCGUCCGAGCAUUGUUCUACCCCUCACCCGGGCCGUCCUUUGGUUCAAUAUGCUGUAAUGAUCGAUGCAGGCUCAUCUGGCUCUCGAGUACAUGUCUAUAGAUUCAACUACUGCAAAGAAGAGCCAGAACUAGAAGACGAAAUAUUCGAAAUGCUUAAGCCUGGCUUAUCUGAAUAUCCUGACGACCCUGUCGCUGCAGCAAACUCACUCAAGCCAUUGAUGGAAACUGCUGUUUUGAGUGUUCCCUCUGAAUUACAGCACUGCACACCAAUCGCUGUCAAGGCCACAGCUGGCCUGCGAAUGUUGGGUGCAGACAAGAGUGCAGCUAUUCUUGAGGCAGUUCGUUCAAUGCUUGAAAAUGAAUACCCCUUUCCUAUUACUCCUAAUCAAGGUGUAGAAAUUAUGGAAGGCCGUGAUGAAGGUGUGUAUGCUUGGAUCACUGUUAACUAUCUCUUGGGUAAGCUCAAGAGAUCCGCCGGUGCAAACUCAGCCGCUAUCUUUGACUUGGGUGGCGCAUCAACUCAGAUAGUAUUCGAACCUACUUUUUUGGACGCCAAGGAGACUAUUGUGGAAGGUGAACACAAGUACACACUUGACUACGGACAUGCCUCAUAUGCGCUUUAUCAACACUCUUAUCUUGGCUACGGCUUAAACGAAGCCCGUAAGCGUGUCAAACAGGGCAUUAUUGAGUUGUGGGAGGAAGAGGCAUUAGCCACACGCAAGGUGUUCCAUCCCUGUCUUCCUGUCAACCACACAGAGACCGUGCCUUACAAAGCCGAAAACAAGACGGUGACAAUUGAGUUAACCGGUACAGGCGCAGGCCAUGCUGCAUGUCGUGCAAUUGUGGAACGUGUGUUCAACAAGGAAAAGUCCUGCGAGCAGCAGCCCUGUGCAUUUGACGGCAUGUACCAGCCACCCCUCACAGACACUUUCAAGGAUCGAGAUCUUUAUGUCUUUUCUUACUUUUAUGAUCUUUCCCAACCCCUGGGUAUGCCUUCAGAGUUCUCUGUGGCUGAGUAUGGCGAUGUCGCACGUCAGGUGUGUGCUGGUGAGACCGAUGCAUUCAAGCAUGUACCCCAAGCCGUUUCUUUGCUCGAAAGCACUCCUGAUUAUUGUCUUGACCUCACCUACACUCACGGACUCUUGCGCAUUGGCUACGAAAUUCCCCCAGAGCGCCUGGUGCGCACAGCCAAAAAGAUUGCUGGAGCAGAGACGGGAUGGUGUUUAGGAGCUGCAAUUGCUAUGGUCGAUGGUGUUUCUGUAUGUAGACUGUAACAAACGAAACAAACAAAAAAAGAAGCAAACAAAUCAUCAUAAUCAAUAUCAUCAACAUCAUAAUUAUGAUUAUGUUUUCAAAGAAGACAAGUUUGAUGAUUUUUAAUUCUUUACAAUAUAGACAAAUUAAAAUACCAACUUAUUUAUUCAUUCAUUC